AUGCUCGCUCUCCUUCCACUCCUCGCGGCAUUCUCAACAGCAGUCUUUGCUCAGACCGGCAGCGACCUCCCCAGCUCUUUCCCUCAUGUUUAUCCUGGCCAGCCUCGGGGAGACUAUAGUCCCCGCCUGGCAAAAGUACUUUCGCGUCGGGGAUCGACUGCCCAACGCGACAUUCCCCGUACCCAGCAGCUACGCAGAACAUUGGAGUGCAGCGCGCAGGGCAUCCGAAUAACACGCUCUUCUUCUGGGCAUCGAGAAGCAGCCCGGCUCGCUGACAAAAGCCAGAAGCACAGAACCGUGGGGUAUUUGGCUGAAUGGGGGGUCAGUCACCCACCUCAAUUUACCGUGUCUCGUCUUCUCAUGCUUCACUCCAGGCCAGGCUCGUCCAGUCUGAUCGGGUUCUUCCUGGAGGUCGUCGCCUCCAGAAUGGGCCGAUUCGGAUGCAGCAAACGGAACCACCAUCUCACUCAAUCCAUACAGCUGGAUAAGGUGUCGGACUUUGUCUGGAUCGACCAACCGGUGGGCGUGGGUUGGUCUACCGCCGAUGCGGCUGGUUACAUCCCCGACGAAGACCAGAUGGGCGCGGACUUUGUGCGUGUUGCCCCGUAUGUCUGCUGCUUGGCUCAUGUUCGGCGGCGUAGAUGGUUCCUCGGAAACCUGGUCAAAGUCUUCCCUGAGCUCGCGCACCGUCCAUUGCAUCUCACGGGAGAAAGCUACGCUGGCGUAUAUAUCCCGUACAUCAUGAAGGCUUAUUUCUCGAUGUCAAAACCACCGUAA